AUGCCGUUUUCUUUAUGCUGGAAGAACGCCAGAGCAACUGGGCCUAUUCCCGUCCCAUCGUGCUACUCGACACGCUCUGGAACCUCAUCUUCUUGCUCUGUCCUGCUCUGUCUUCUCUCUCUGCUGCAGUUGGAAGAGCGCCAGAGCAACUGGGCCUAUUCCCGUCCCAUCGUGCUCCUCGACACGCUCUGGAACCUCAUCUUCGUUCUCGUCGCCAUCGCGACGCUCUCCGUGAGCCGCAACCACAAGGAGGAACCGGCCGCUCCGCUGGGCGUGUGGCUCAUGGGGUACUCGGCGCAGUGCAUCAUCCACAUCGUCUGCGUGCUCGUGGAGUUCGACCGCCGGCAGCAAGGCGGAGCGGAGGAGCGCAGGAGCGACCGGAGUCGGGCGAGGAGGAGCGGCGGAGCGAGCAGGAGCAGCAGACGAGGGCUCCGCGGGUUGCGGAGCGCGAGCGGAGGAGGAGGGAGGGGAGGCAGGGGAGGGGGAGCAGGGGGGAGUGGGAGUUCGGGGGAUAUUCGAGAGGGGUUGUUGCAAAGAGGGAGCGAUGACGAGGAGGAGGAAGCGGAGGGGAGUACGGGGGAGCAGCGGAUGGAAGAUGAUCGGAUUGACAGCAUUGCGAAGCAAAUCGAGUCGGCGAACACCGUCUUUUCGUUCCUCUGGUGGUCCGUCGGGUUCGCGUGGAUCAUCUCCACAUUCGACGACACCUUCGAAGACGCUCCCAUUCUUUCCUGGGUGUGCAUGUCGUUUCUGGCGUUCGACGUGUUUUUCGUCAUCUUCUGCAUCGCGCUCGCGUGUCUGGUGGGCAUCGCCGUGUGCUGCUGCCUGCCCUGCAUCAUCGCGGUUCUCUAUGCCAUGGGCGAACAGGAAGGUGCCACGAACGAGCAGAUUCAGUCCCUCCCGCAGUUCAAGUUCCGCCGGCGAGGCUCUCCGUCUAGCAGCAGCCGCCCGCUCACCGCGUCCGCCGCCCUCUCCGCCAUCACGGAGGCGCUAGGCGUUGCGACCACCAGCAGCAGCACCACCACCAACGCCAGCAGCAGUAGUGGGCUAAAUAGCAGUGCGGCGAAGGGUAGCAGCUGUGAUGAUGGAAACAGAAGUGGUGAUACGGGGGGCAGCAGUGGAAAGGGAACGGCCAGUGCGGGUGCCGAGGGGAAGGAGGAGGUUCGGGUGACGAUCGACGAGCCGGCAGGGGGCGUUAUGACGCAAGUGGGAGGGUCGAGCCAGCCGCCGCGGGAGAGAGAAGUGGCAGACGAUGAUGCGGAGUGCUGCAUCUGCCUGGGGCCAUACGAGGACGCAGUGCUGCUGAGGGAGCUGCCCUGCUCGCACCACUUCCACUCCGCCUGCGUUGACAAUCUGCGGUGCUGGUGCCGAGUUGAGAGACCUGCAAGGUGCCUGUCUACCACCCAGCAGCAGGCGUUUGAAUUGUAA